AUGGAAGUACUAUUUAAAAUUGAUUUUAAAUCGUUGUCACAUUGGAAAGAAGUUAUUGAAAAAAUUAACGUUGCUCAGAUUGAAUAUAAAGAAAAACUUUUAAAAGCAAAGAAACGUAAAUAUGAAAUAGUAAAAAAACUUUAUAUACAAAAUUAUAGAGUUUCGCCAUUUGAAUUAACACAAAAGCUUGCAAGAACGGCUAACUUGUGGAAGGAAUUUUAUAGCAAUGUGAAAAAACAUAAGGAAUCUUCUAAGAUAGAAGAUUCAGUUCUGUCCUUGCGUAAUGUUACUGUUGAUGGAGACGAAGAAAUUGUUCCUGAAGAAAUAGACACUAAAUCAAACGGUCACCCCAAUUCGGAAGUGAUACAAUCAAAGGAUCCAAUCAUUUUAAGGACAGAGGAAGAGCAAGAUUCUAAGUCGAAUAGCCCUCGUUUACUUCCAGCUAACAUUUGCACAAACCCACAUAAAAUAUUAUCAUCUAUUGAGACUAAUUAUAUUGCUUUAAGCUAUAAAGAAAGUAAAAAUGUUCAUAAGGAUUCUAAAUCGGAUACAACCAACGAAAUUGGAACUAAAAACGCUGAAGAAAUUCUUCACAUUCCAAUCAUUGGACAAUUUGAAAAAAGUAAAUCUGUAAAUAUUACUGAAACUGUAAACAUUCCUCAAGUUUAUAUGUGGCAAGUUAAUGCAAAAUGUGGAUACCCAAAAGGAAUUGUUCAAAUUCAAUUAUAUGGCAAUACAGCAUAUGAUUUAUACAUAAGGAAAAAGAACAUAGAUUUUAUAAAUGAAUUUGAAGAUUCACGUAGUAUUGGAUCGCAUAAUGUCACUCUUACUACGGAGAGUUUAAUGCAAAAAAUAACUGAUGUUGAUACUGAUACACAAAAGAAUACGCUUUUGUCUUCUAAGGUAUUGGAUGUAAACAACGAAAAUGAAACAAUAACAACUUUUGAUGUCGUAACACUUGUGCUGAACGACAUACUUAACCUUGUAUAUGAACCAUUUAUUUUUAAGAAGACAUAUUUUCGAUUAUUUCCCAAAUCAAAAAGAGGAGUUCUCGUCUACUUUACCAAAGCAAAGUAUGUUGGUUACCACCAUAGAUAUUACGAGUUUGUAUUUUGUGACUCAGAUGAUAAAAGUUUUACUAAAACGAUCAAAAUUUUUGCUGAAGUUCUACCACAUCCUAUUUUAAUACAUCCGGCUUUACUGGAUAUGUCACAAUCACCUGUGAUAUUUGGCCAAUGCCAAGAUCAUUUUACGAUUAUCAAUACACACAAAGUUUUCCCUGUUACAAUAACAAUAAAAACCACUAAUAAAAUGGACAAGAUAUUUCAAAUCAUGCCCAGAGUUACAGCGAUUCUUCCGCAAUCAAAUAUAAAAUUUAAAGUUACAUUUUGUAAAGAAAAUAUAAACGUCGCAGAAAUGUAUGAUAUAAUGGCGUACUUUACAAUUAAGAUAAUUAUUAAUGGUGACAGUUCGAUCUACAAAGAUGUUCCUCCGUUUUAUUAUGAAAUAAUAGCUCCAUGUGCUAAAGAAUUAAUUCGAAUUUACCAAAAACAAAAUUUAUUAAAUGAACUAUCAGAAUAA